AUGUCGCUGUUACUUGGUGGAUCAUCCAGUGCGCUCAAUUCAAGUGGUGAAGACAGUAAUUCAAGCUUCCAGACAAAAUCUGAUCACGAGCGACCCGAGAUUCUCCCUCUAUCAUUAAUUCUACUUUUAUCCCUUGUGUGCCUGCUGGUUGUUAUAGUCAAUAGCUUCAUCAUCUUCUUACUUCACAAAAAGAGAACACUGCGAACUCUCCGCACCAACAUGUUCCUUGGAUCGCUGGCAAUUUCAGAUUUGUUGUCUGGUCUAGUAGGAAUUCCUCUUUUCGCUAUUUGUUUGGAUACAGAUAUUAUAGACGUUUGCGUGUCCUCUACAAUUUUCAUUCGAUUUACAGCCAUUUCCUCUGUCUGCCAUGUUCUACUAAUCGCAGUGGAUCGUUAUAUAUUUAUAGUUCGCUAUAUGGAAUACCAUGGUCUUGUAACGAAACGACGAGCACUCUUCGCCAUUGUUACUGUUUGGCUUUUUUCUUCGGUGGCUUCCGUCAUUCAGUUGUCUUGGUAUAUUUUUUAUCAAGUUGCUGUUACAGACUCCGAAAACAUCACAAAUGAAUUUAAUAAACACUACAGCCUAGCUUGUCUCGUAAUUUUCUUUGCUCUGCCUCUUUUGUCUAUGUGCAGCAUUUAUGGCCGCAUUUUCUACAUUUCAGUCAAGCGUAAAAACAGUCAUCAUAAAAUGAGUAACAUUGUUCAACAGCCUUGUCAACCUCAAAGUCAUGAAUGGCGGGGCCGUAGUGUGUUGGUAAUCGCGAUUGUGAUUUUCGCAAGCUGUUGGUUGCCGUAUUUCGUCGCGAUGCUGAACGACCACAUGAAUGAUUCUGAAAACACGACCAUGCAACUGCAUAUGCAGCGUCUGUUGGUAUUUGUAGGGCUUAUUCCUCCCAUAUCAAACCCAAUUUUGUGCACACUAGCUAAAAAGGAUUUUCGUCGAGCACUAAAAGAAUUAUUAUUGAGACGGAAAACGAAUAUGCCCGCUGCAGUUGUGGUACACCGUGAACAAAUAUGCUUAUAA